AUGACUGCAGUCAAUGAAGAAGAGCAACAAUACCUUGCACUUAUUAAGCAUAUAAUGGACAAUGGUGAACAUCGAGCCGAUCGUACAGGCACAGGCACAAUGGCCGUCUUCGCUCCUCCUCAGCUACGUUUCUCACUAGUCAAUGAUAUUUUCCCGCUCUUGACAACCAAGCGAGUGUUCUUCAGAGCUGUGGCCGAAGAAUUGUUGUGGUUCAUCAAGGGAGAUACCAAUGCAAAGCAUCUUCACGACCGUGAUGUCAAGAUCUGGGAUGGGAAUGGUUCUCGACAGUAUCUUGACAGCAUUGGUCUGUCUCAUCGAAGAGAAAAUGAUCUUGGUCCAGUCUAUGGUUUCCAGUGGCGUCACUUUGGUGCUGAGUAUAUCGACUGUGAUACUGACUAUACUGGCCAGGGCGUAGAUCAACUCCAGCAGGUUAUUGACAAGAUUAAGAACAACCCUACCGAUCGUCGCAUUAUCUUGUCUGCAUGGAACCCUGCAGAUAUUCCCAAGAUGGCACUUCCUCCUUGCCAUGCUUUCUGCCAAUUUUAUGUAUCUAAUAAGCCUGCAAAUGGUCGCGCUCGUCUGUCGUGUGUACUGUACCAGCGGUCCUGCGACAUGGGUCUGGGAGUCCCAUUCAAUAUUGCUUCAUAUGCUCUUCUUACCCGAAUGAUUGCGCACAUUACAGACCUGGAACCUGGAGAGUUUAUCCAUACUAUGGGAGAUACUCAUGUAUAUGUUGACCACAUGACUGCCCUGAGAUCCCAACUUGAAAGAGAGCCAAGACCUUUCCCCACAUUGAGCUUUGCGCGCAAAAUCCAGUCAAUUGAUGACUUUACUUAUGAAGACUUUGUUUUGGAAAACUACAAACCCCAUGGAAAGCUAGAAAUGAAAAUGUCGGUAUAA